AUUACAGCCGAGGCAGCACGCCAGUGGACGAUUACCAGGCCAUAAAACGUCGAAUAAAACCAAGACUUUCCAACCCAGUUACCAAAGGUAGCGUACAUUAUCAUCCAGCAUGCCAAAGCAAAGUACCAACAUGAGUGGACUGCAGUGCCUCGCCACAGAGAACAUAUGGUUUGACAAACACCGCUAUGAUGAGGCAGAGAAGUGCUUCUACGAGGGAGUCAACGGCCCCUCCACACAACACCAACAGGUGAAAACGGCCCUGCAGCAGGGCAAAGGGCGCCAGCAGAAACGGCAGCACAGAAAUUCAUCCUCACAUGCAGGAGGAGACCAGGAGCUGGUUUCACGCAUGAAGAGCCUGGAACUGGAGAACCAGACUCUGCACAAAGUGGUGGAGAACAUGAGAGCAGCCCUGCAGAAGCUGGAGUCCAGAGUGGCUAUGCUGGAAAAGACACCUGUAUCAGCAGCUGUCCCAUGUGCUAAGGCUGCACCAGUCCAGGCUGCUCCUGUCAAACAGGUAAAGGUGGAAAACGGUGGUGGCGAUGAUGAUGAUGACGACGACGACGACAUCGACCUCUUUGGCAGUGAUGAAGAAGAUGAGGAGGCAGAACGCCUCAAGCAGGAGCGCUUAGAAGCCUAUGCUGCCAAGAAGGCUAAGAAACCCACCCUGAUUGCCAAGUCAUCAAUCCUGUUGGACGUCAAGCCUUGGGACGAUGAGACAGAUAUGGCGAAGCUGGAGGAGUGUGUGCGUUCGGUGCAGAUGGACGGGCUUCUGUGGGGAGCAUCUAAACUUGUGCCAGUGGGUUACGGCAUCAAGAAGCUACAGAUCAACUGUGUGGUCGAGGACGACAAAGUUGGCACCGACAUCCUGGAGGAGGAGAUCACCAAGUUUGAGGACUUUGUCCAGAGUGUAGAUGUUGCUGCCUUCAAUAAGAUCUAAGCACCUCCAGCUCUGUACCUGCUCCAUUAAAGUGUUGCUGCUGCUCCCGGCUUGCACAGUUAUUAAAAAGCGAAGCUUUGAGCACAAA